AUGGCGUCCGCGCCCAAGAGGCCGAAGGUGGCUGCCGGCAGCAGCGUCCGGGGGAAGGGCAGCGCCGAUCCCAUCCGCAGCUUCCUGGCGUGGUGCGGGCGGGCCGGGGUGGAGCUCAGCCCGAAGGUCCGCCUGAGCAGGGAGGGCGCCGUGGCUGGGUACGGCCUGCUGGCCGCCGAGGAGCUGGAGGGUGGAGAGGUUCUGUUCACUGUGCCCCGCACAGCGCUGCUGUCCCAGCACACCAGCUCCAUUCGGCACCUCCUGCAGGAAGCCCAGGAGUCCCUGCAGAGCCAGUCUGGCUGGGUGCCCCUCCUGCUGGCCCUGCUCCACGAGUACACAGCCAGCAGCUCCUGGUGGCAGCCUUAUUUCUCCCUCUGGCAGGACUUCAGAAGCUUGGAUCACCCAAUGUUCUGGCCUGAAGAAGAGCGAGCAAGGCUGCUGCAGGGCACAAGCAUCCCAGAAGCUGUGGACAAGGACCUGGCCAACAUCCAGCUGGAGUACAGCUCCAUCAUCCUGCCUUUCAUGGCGUCCCACCCCGACCUCUUUGACCCCAAGGUGCACACCCUGGAGCUGUACAAGCAGCUGGUGGCCUUCGUCAUGGCCUACAGCUUCCAGGAGCCUUUGGAGGAGGAGGAUGAAGAUGAAAAGGGCCCCAAUCCCCCGAUGAUGGUACCUGUGGCAGAUAUUUUGAACCACAUGGCCAACCACAAUGCCAACCUGGAAUAUACUCCUCAAUGCUUGCAGAUGGUUAGCACCCAGCCCAUCAGCAAAGGCCAAGAGAUCUUCAACACCUAUGGGCAGAUGGCCAACUGGCAGCUCCUGCACAUGUAUGGCUUUGCAGAGCCCUACCCUGGCAACACCAACGACACAGCUGACAUCCAGAUGGUGACGCUGCGCAGGGCAGCGCUGCAGCGUGCCAAGAGUGAAGCAGAGCAGCAGCUGGUCAGAGAGCAGUGGGACUUCCUGUGCCAGCUGGAGAUGGUGGGGGAGGAAGGGGCCUUUGUGCUUGGCUGGGAUGAGGUGUUGACAGAGGAAGAGCUGUCCAUGACCCUCAAGGUGCUCUGCAUGUCAGCAGAAGAAUUCCAGGAGUACAAAGAACAGGAGGGUUGGGAGGAUGACAGUGAGGAAGAGGAGAACUCCACCCUUUCCAACGAGGCUCUCUCCAGACUGAAAGCCCCUUGCAAGAAGCUGCUCUAUGACAGUGUGCUGCUGACUCUGGAGUCCUACAGGUCAGACUUGAAGGCAGAGCAGGAGCUGCUGGAUAAGAAGGAGGCCUUUGAGCAGCUGAGUCGGAGGGAGCAGCAGGCUCUGCACGUGCGUUAUGGCCAGAAGAGGAUCUUGCACCAGCUCCUGGAGCUGCUGGCUUAG